UAAGACGCUACAUUUUGGCUCCAUUCGAAGUGAACGUCGAAGGAUUGUUGGCUCAGGCUGGACUCUGGACUAGACUGUUAAGGCAGGCUCCAUCACACAAGAACUUGCAUCAUGCAGAGGAAGGUCGACAUACCGGGAAAGAAGCCUCAAAAGACGUUUAUCCGCCUGGUGGCUACCAUCCUCUUGACCUUCAUCUUUGGACUCCUCUUCAUCGGCAUGGCAUCGGCCCUGCCUAACCUGCAGAAUCAAACAGAACCUGUGGACCAGCAGGAUGCUGCAGAAGCACCAAUAACUGAGGAUCCUCAGACUCUGAAAGCGCACGUGGACAAGCUGGUGGUGGUCUCAGUAUCAGGGGGUGACCUCUCAGUAUCAGGGGGCGACACAAGGAAAAGUGAGAACUUGGUCUUGGAUGAAGUGUACGUCAACGCGGGCAAUGCCUAUGACACCCAGACAGGUGUCUUCACAGCCCCCUGCAAGGGCGUCUACUUCUUCACCUUGAGCUGCCACACGGAUGGUGGGAUCAUUAGUCUCGGUGUGUUUAGGAAGACACUGAAUGGGACCCGCGAGUGGAUGAUGCAGGUGUCUGACAACACCAAAGAUACGGACCAUAGUUGCACCGUCAGCAGGAUGAUACACCUGGAGAAGGGAGACGGGGUGCAUGUCAAGCGUUAUGGCGGCCACGAUCUCCAACGUCAUAACGGACAAACAGUUUUCAGCGUCAUCCUCGUGGAUCCCCUGCAGAAUCUGAAAGCACACGUGGAGGGGCUGGAUGACGUGGCAGACAGUCAUAAGGUGGCCUUCUCAGCGUCAGGGGGCAAUAUAAGGAAAAAUGACAAGCUGGUCUUGGACGGAGUGUACGUCAACAUGGGUGAUGGCUAUGACAACAGCACAGGCAUUUUCACAGCCCCCUACGAGGGCAUCUACUUCUUCACCUUAACCUGCCACGCGUUCGAUGGGAACAUUAGUCUACUGGUGUGUAAGAAGGUGGAUGGGAAUGUCGAUUGGAUGAUGCGAGUGUAUGACAACACCAAAGAUGAGCGCCACAGUGCCACCAACAGCAGGAUGAUCCGCCUCGAGAAGGGAGACGAGGUGUACGUCAGGCCGUACGGUGGCCAUGAUCUUCAACAACAUAACGGACAAACGGUUUUCAGCGGCUUCCUCAUCGAGCCCAUGCAGAAUCCGGAAGCACGUGUGGACAAGCUCGAUGAAGUUGGAGACAAACCUAAGGUGGCGGUCUCUGUAGGAGGGGGCGACAUAAAGAUGAAUGACAAGUUGGUGUUUGGCCAUGUGUACGUCAAUGUGGGUGACGCCUAUGACAGAAUGACAGGCGUUUUCACAGCCAACUACGAGGGCAUCUACUUCUUCACCUUAAGCUGCUUCACGUUUGAAGGAGGGAUCAUUAAUGUUGGCGUGUUUCGGAAGAAGAUGGAUGGGAUCAGCGAGUGCAUGAUGAAGGUGUCUGACUUCACCAAAUAUAAGCGGCACGGUGCCACCACCAGCAGGAUGAUGCACCUGGAGAAGGGAGACAAGGUGUAUGUCACGCCUUAUGGUAACCAUACUCUUGUACUUCAUCAAAGAAAAAUGAUUUUCAGCGGCUUCCUCAUCAAUCCCGUGUAAACUAGAGGUGUAAUUGCGUGACGUCAUCUGGUCUGAUCACUAUUUGAUAUUUGAACAGCAUGUAUCGGCUGAUGCCACCUACUGGUAACACUUAUCAUAUUUUGUAUGUCAUACCUAACCCCAAAACAGGCUGUUUGCAACAGGUAGGCGGCUGCCGAGAGGGUGAGGACUUGACAUAAUGCCCUCUUCCUGCUUUGAGCACGUAAGCCCCGCCCCACUUAACAAAUGUUUGCCAGCGAACGUACGUGAUUUGGUUAAGUUUAGCUGCUGAUGUUAUCAUUGAAUGUAUCGCUCAUCAUAGGCACACGACUCCAAAUUGUCAGUCCGCCUGCACUACUAAUUAUGCAAAUUGUGACACAUCUGGGCAUUUUUUCAAGAGUUGCAAACAGUCCCGUAUCACAAAUUCUAUUGAUGAAAAAGGUAUUUUUGUGUAUGCGUUCCAUAUUAACCCCUAAAGCAAUGGCUCUCAAUUAUUUUGUCAUGCCCCCCAAUGCGGGACAGAAAGGUUUUGGCCCCCCAACUUUGGGAGGUGUCGCACCAGCUAUGUUUGCCAGCUAACGAUAGCGAUUUGGUUAAGUUUAGCUGCUAAUGUUAGCUAUUUGAAGGUACAGCUUAUCACAACAACACAACAAUUUUUAUGAUAAUUGUGACAAAAUUCACAUUGCGUCUUUAAAGCGCUAUAGCUAACUUGCAAUCAGUCUCUUCAAAUGUAUCUAUAUUGUCUAUGAUCGUGUUUCCAUUGUUUUCCAAGUGUCUGCAUUGUGAAUUAGGGGUGUCACAAAUAGGCAUGGGCUGGUAUGAUAACCUUGGGCAAAAAUAUCACGCUUUGCCAUUUUCACGGUGUUAAGCUCUAAAAUCCCUUAUUUUGAAAUACCUUUGUUGAAAAGAAAAGCCAUCCCAAUUUGUAUUUUUAAACCAUUUUUACACGAUGAAAGUGAAACAUGUGCAUUUAAAAUAAAAAUUCUUUCAAAAUAAAUAAAAUGCAGUCAGUAGUGCAAUCUACUGUGGCUAAUCCUGCAAGUCAAGUCACAACACACACACAAAAACAAACAAAGCAAAAUGCAAUCAAGUGACCCAAGAAGGUCACAACAUAGACCUUUUUUAAACUUGUAAUUUUAUUUCAUAUUGGCAGGUGAUGCUUUUCCACAAACUUUGGUUUACGGGUCGUGAUUGUUCGCAACUGAGACAUCCAGUGGCUGUUGCUUGUUGUUCAGUGGCAAGUAAACGCUUUACAUCACUCACCCUCCACUCCUGUCUCCUUUCCAAUCACAUCUCCACUUAUGGUGACCCUCGACGUGAGUAAUAUGUCGACCGACAACACAGCCGUACUGGCGUUGCUCAAUGCAAACAAGGCCUGUGCUAUCUAUGCCCGACGUAUGGCAUCACAGCACAUGCUUGUGGUUUCAAAACACAUUGAAGCCCAGUUUCCACUGUAGGGAAUGACACAGGACACGACAAAGUAUUUCCACGUAGGACCUCCACUUUCAUAUCGUAGAAAUGGUAUGAUGCAAAAUUUUAGUGGUUUUGAAACCGUGACUUUAGAAUCCCGUGGUAUACUUUGAAACAAGUAACCGGACCAUGUCUAGUCACGAUGCACUCUACUCACGAGACGUGACGAUACCCGAUAUUAGCUGCUUGGACAAACACUUGUGUUUUUUACUGAACCGAGUCAUAAAACAAUGCAGGGGUAUGUUUGACAAGUCUGCAUGCAUGACCUAAGCAUGAUGCUUUGAAGUGGAGGAGUGACGCCGGGAACAGCGAGCACAUGAACAUUACUAGUGUGGUUAGUUAGCGUGGUUCCUGCCUGGCGCACUGCCCCUUCCAUAUGACGUGUGCUGUCAUUCACAGUAGCCAUGCCAUAGUUGGGUCUGAUUGGAUGUGUUCCUGCCAGACAUCUUGGGACACCCCUAUACACGUGUUCCUUGGAUGAUUUUAUAGCUUUUCACACAUUAUUCCAAUAUAUGCUACUGAAUGCUUGAAAAAGUAUUAAGUUGGCACAAGUGGUCUCCCAAUGUGUACCUCAGCCGCAACACACAUUUAUUUCAUAUAACAUAUACUGCAUAUAACAUGACACAACAGGAAGUAGCGUGUGAAAAUAUAUAUUGGUCAUAUGUUGGCAUGCUAAUGAUAAAAAUGACAUGAUACAAGUAGUAUAUAUAUAUAAUAUGUAUGUAUGUACACGUAACUAUUAGUGAUAUGCAAACAUAUAGCAAUGUAUCUUCCUGAGAGCCAACAUACGUAUGGGGGACAUAUUUAUAUAGUUUUUCCCUAUCAUAACCCCUACAAAAAAUGGGGCUUGACUGUAUACAGCAAUCCAUCGUUUAUCACAGUUAAUGAAUUCCAGACCCGACCUUGAUAAGUGAACUUCAGCAAUGUUUGAUUUAUAUAUAUUUAUUUCAAUGUAUAUUAUAUUUAUAUAGGUUUACGACCUUCUCUUAUUUUUUUCAAUAUUAUCAGAGCCCGUUAGACAAAGUAACACUCCACAGUGACCUUUACACUCAUAAACGACUCAUAACUUUAAGCUGAGUGGGGGGCAGACAGGAAUUGAUGUCGGGGCAUUUUUAGCUUGGUGUGGGUUACUGCGACAACAGUGCCUGUUUUGAGACCAUUCAAAUCUGCAAUAAAAGCCUGCUGUUCUGCC